AUGUCAUCGCUGGGGACGUCCUCGUCCCCGCUGGGGACAUCCUCGUCCUCCACGGGGGGGGCCGUCACCAUGAUGGUGAUGCCACCGGCGGCGCAGGUGUCCCCAACGUCCCCAUCCCCCGUGCGCCUCAGGACUGUGACGUCUCCGUCCUUGUCCCCAACGUCCCCGUCCCCAACGUCCUUACCUCCGAUGUCCCCAAGGUCCCUUGGGACAGUGACAUCCCUGUCCCCAGUGUCCUUGUCCUCACCCCCAGAGACUGGGAUGUCCCCAACGUCCCCUGAGACUGGGACAUCCUUGUCCCCAACGUCCUUGACCAGCUGA